AUGGAUCUACCAAGCAAAAUCGUCCGAUUCGGCACGAAGGAGAUAUAUCUUCCCAAAUUCACCGUCGCACUGAUGCGCACGCCGAAGCUCUCCCCCUACCACGCCAAAUUCCAAGUCCCGCUCAACUUCUCCAAGCUCGACCUCCGCGACUACCUCUUCCACGCGUACAACGUCCGCGCCCUGAGCAUACGCUCCUUCGUCAAGCAGGAGCCCGUCCGCGACCACGAGAGCGCCCCGCGGCAAUUCUUCCGCCCGGAGGCCAAGAAGUACAUGACGAUCGAGAUGGAUAAGCCGUUUGUGUGGCCCGCGACGCCGGAGAGCUGGGAGCCGUGGGGGAGGAAGCAGAAGAGGGCGCAGCAGGAGCAGGUCAUGGAUUCUAUGGGCGCGGAGACACCGGAGGGACAUCGGAAGGAGGGCGAGGAGUUGAGGAGACAGGCUCAGGCGGUGCUAGGGAAGAGGUCGGGCGCGCUGAAGGAGUGGGAGAAGAAGAGGAGCUCGAAAACGGGAGAUGUGGACGAGCCACAGUUCAAGAUAAAGGUGUAG